GACUUAGGUGUACAUACUUGCAACAUUGGACACCUUCACCAUUUCUUUGGUUCCAGGGUAGCAAAUACCCAUCUCCUCUUUUUAGGUGUUCAUCCUUGCAAGUUUACCCUAUAUAUAUAUAUAUAUAUAUAUAUAUAUAUAUACAUAUACUUUUUGUAAGGCCAUACUUUGAACGCAUCCAGGAUGACCAACUAUGAGGGCAAUAAUUGGGUCAGCGCAAUGUCGGGUGCAUAUCAGAAUUUCAGUCAGAAAGAACAAAAAGACACAGAACUUUUUUCUAUAUUCUUCUCAUUACGCAAAUUAUUAGAAAAGAAAUCCCUUAAUCAUUGGUAUAUUUAUUCUUUUGAGCAUUAUUUAAAGAAUAAGAUUAAUCCGUAUGAACUCAGAAUCCAAAUUUUUCCUACAAUGGAGAAUAUCGAUCCAUGUUUCAAAGAGGCAUGGGAAGCUAAUCUCCAAAAAUGUUCUGCAGGGAUGAUGUCCCUCCUUAUAGAAGAAUACCAGAGAACUAUUCAAAAGAUAGAUAAAGAACUAGAACCUCUGUUCGCACAGUUGAAAUCCCAUAGCAAUCAUGACUUUUUCAAAAAACUGGACGAGGAGCUUAAUGAACAUCUCAAACAAUUUAAUAACGAUAUUUUGAUAAGAAAACAGAAGAAACUCCUCAGAGAUCAAGGAGAAUUCUCAGAACAAAAAGCCUACAAUUGGAAAAACCAGCAGGGUAGGAUGAACCCACAGGUGCUCUCAGAUGCCUCCUUUGCCUCCUCCGUCCCCCCUAGGAGAUGGAUAAGGCCGAAGAGAUCCUGGAAGAGCAAAAGAAAAUCAAAUGAUCCCAAUGGUUCUAUUGAGAACCCCAAUAAAAAACAUAUUUUGGAUUCUCGUAAUCCAGUUUCUACUCGAAUCGCACAAGGGAACUCUACCCAACAUGCUACCCAGGACGAAAUGUCCUCUAACCAGGAUGUGAAUUCCUUUUUUCCUAGACUAAUGUCAACUGAUGGCAAAAUACCCACCACUACUGAGGUGCAUGAAGCAGGCCCCAGCCAAGGAAACCCCAACACGGAAGCAUCGUGAAAUCAGGAUGGGAUCUUGCUGUCAAUGUACACCGCAAUCCCUCACCCCUGAAGAAGAGGUCCUAUUAAGACGCCUCGAAACGUUAAAACGUUGGGUUAUCUGUCUUCACCUUAUAGACAGAACUGGGCUCUGCAUCAUCUUUUUUGUCUGUGUUGUCAGCAUUCUCAACAUAAGAAUUGUUUGCCUCCCACUUUGUGCUGUCCCCUCCUGUUAUGCCCUUUGAUCUCUUGGAUGCGUUCCAAUGUGUAGUGUAGCCUUUACUACCAAUAAUGUAAAAUUUUA